AUGAGCAUCCCCCUGCCUUAUCGAAAUCGAGAACAAGAGCUGUCGGAAUUCGCUCCCUACAUGUUCAAAUUCCUACGUAACCAAGGAAUAGACCAUUAUUUGAUGGUGAUGAAUCAGACUGAUGAGCUCCGAUUCAACAGGGCUUCUCUUAUCAACGUUGGAUGGCUUGAAUGGACCGGCCUAGGCUAG